UCUCGCUUGUGCCUUCCAUCGAACUCCGAAGCCCUCUUCGUCUCCACCGGUCCACGCGACGGCGCUGUCCCUCACCAACCUUUUCCAAGCGGACCUACUGCCUCAACCACAAGCGUCUCCUGCUCGCUCGCUCCUCCGCCUUUGCCGCCUUCCUUUUUGCCACUUGAUAAACCCGCCUCAACUCCUUCCCCCCCUUCCCUCGCUCUCGCUUCUCUUCGCUGCAUCCAUGGCUGCUUCCGUGCUUCUCUCCCUCCCCAGCAACAUGAACAUCGACUCGACCCCGCCUUCUGCCCAUCUCGAUCGUCCCAUCUCAUCCUUCUCGCGCGUCGCAAAAUCCAAGCUGAGGAUCAAGCCCUCGCUUGCCAUUGAGACCACCGCUUCCUCUCCAAUCCAGCGGCCGGCCGUGCGACGCAAGCUCUCGAUCGCCCCGCUUUCCGCCGCCUGUCUGUCCAUCAACCCGACUUUCUCGGAAUCCUUCCCCACCGAUGCUCCACUCUCUGCCCGCGAGGAUGCCCUGAGCCAUCCCGAUCGCUGCCCAUACCAGGGCGGCCCGAUCUCGAUUCUGCCCAAUCUCUAUCUCGGCUCGGAAUUCAACGCCUCCAACCCCGAGGUCCUGGCCCGGUACGACAUCAAGUACAUCAUCAACGUCGCCGCCGAGGUCCGCAACCACCUGUAUGAGCCCCGGUCAAAGCUCUCCUCGGGAUCCAGCACGCCUUCGGACAGCAGCCCCGCCACGUCGUCCUGCUCGUCGUCCACCUGCACGCCUGGCUCCUCGCCCCUGGCCUUCUCCUUCACUAGCUCGGUCACCGACUCGAUCCUCACCCUGUCUAUGGAGGACCGCCAAGCCUCGCAGACCAGCUCCAGCCCAAAGUCGCCUGCGACUCCCUCGGUCAAAUAUUCAAAGCUCACCUGGGGCCACAAUGCCGACAACAUUGCCAACGACUUUGAGCGGGCCUUUGGCAUCAUCAACGAGGCGCGAUCCUCCAACUGCGCCAUCCUGGUCAACUGCCAGCAGGGCAUCUCGCGCUCGGCAACCCUCAUCAUCGCCUAUGUGAUGCACACCCUGAGACUCAGCUGGUGCGAUGCCCACAAGUUCGUCAAGGACCGCUCGCCGUACAUCUGCCCCAACAUCAGCCUGCUCUCGCAGCUCGCCGAGUACGAAAAAACCCUGGACAUUGUGCGCGGCUCCAACCUGUAGCCGGUCCACUUUGAUCCUGCAUCCUCAUUCUUCUCCCUCCCCUCCUCCUCCUUCACACUCCGGGUGCCUCCUCCCCCCCCCUCCUUUCCACUUAAUCUGCCACAUUCAGGUCGGCCUAAUUUCUCCAUCAUGCCGUCAUGUUCCGCCCAAGGUCCUCUGACCACUCAUCGAUUCGCAUCC